CACACCGAGGGACGAGGGAAGAAGAAACACCGGCACGAUUCAGUAAAAUAGCAGAUCCACAAAUUAACAACUAGCACAUAAUAAUAGUCGUUUUAUUGUCGGAAAUAUUUUAUUUAGUCUGUCAGGUCUGAAAUGUUACACUUUAGGCUCUCGAGGGCGUUAAAGGAGAUCUGCAAACCCAAUGUAAGGCGCGUUUGGAGAAAUAAUACAAAUGAAACAACGGUCGCCGGAGGACGCGCAUCUUCAUCCAGACGAGCUCUGUGCACGCAGACAGAUGCGGCCAAUGACAAGAGAAGGAAGGCAGGCAUUUUGCCCAGCCUGGAAGAUCUGCUGUUUUACACCAUCGCAGAAGGCCAGGAGAAAAUUCCUGCUCACAAGUUUACCACGGCGCUGAAAGCCACAGGUCUGCGAACUGGAGACCCUCGUCUUAAGGAGUGUAUGGAAAUGUUAAAGGUCACCCUGAAAACCACUUCAGACGGUGCUCUGGAUCGACAUCUCUUCAAAAAGUGUGUGCAAAGUAACAUUGUGCUGCUAACUCAGGCUUUCCGGAAGAAGUUUGUCAUUCCGGACUUUCAGUCGUUUACCUCUCAUAUUGAUCAGAUUUAUGAGAGCGCUAAGUCACUGUCAGGUGGUCAGGUGGCAGAUUACAUUCCUCAGCUAGCGAAAUUUAGCCCUAACCUCUGGGCUGUUUCUCUCUGCACUGUAGAUGGUCAACGAUACACUGCAGGCGACACUAAAGUUCCGUUUUGUCUGCAGUCGUGUGUGAAACCGCUAAAAUACGCAAUUUCGGUUCACGAUCACGGCACCGAAUACGUCCAUCGCUUUAUAGGAAAGGAACCCAGCGGUCUUCGUUUCAACAAACUCUUCCUUAAUGAAGAUGAUAAACCCCACAAUCCCAUGGUAAACGCUGGCGCCAUAGUUUGUACCUCCCUACUCAAGCAGGGUGUAAGCAACGCUGAGAAGUUUGACUAUGUGAUGAAUUUCAUGAAGAAGUUGGCAGGAAAUGAAUAUGUUGGUUUCAGCAAUGCUACAUUUCAGUCAGAGCGAUUGUCUGGAGACAGAAACUUUGCCAUUGGAUACUACUUGAAGGAGAAGAAGUGUUUCCCAGAGGGCACCGACAUGAUCUCCAUCCUGGACCUUUACUUCCAGCUGUGUUCCAUUGAGGUGACCUGUGAAAGUGCCAGUGUAAUGGCAGCAACUCUGGCGAACGGCGGCUUCUGUCCAAUCACAGGCGAGCGAGUGGUGAACCCCGAGGCUGUACGAAACACUCUGAGCCUCAUGCACUCCUGCGGCAUGUACGACUUCUCCGGACAGUUCGCUUUCCAUGUUGGUCUGCCGGCUAAAUCAGGUGUUUCUGGAGGCAUCCUGCUGGUCGUGCCCAACGUGAUGGGAAUCAUGUGCUGGUCUCCACCUCUUGACAAACUGGGCAACAGCGUGAGGGGAAUCCAGUUUUGCACGGAUCUGGUCCAACUGUUUAAUUUCCACAACUAUGAUAACUUGCGCCACUUUGCCAAGAAACUGGAUCCACGCAGAGAAGGCGGAGACCAACGGGUCAAGUCUGUCAUCAACCUGCUUUUUGCAGCCUACACAGGGGACGUAUCUGCUUUGAGAAGGUUUGCCUUGUCAUCGAUGGAUAUGGAGCAAAGAGAUUACGACUCUCGAACGGCUCUUCAUGUAGCUGCUGCUGAAGGCCAUGCUGAGGUUGUGCGUUUUCUGCUAGAGGCCUGUAAAGUGAAUCCAGUGCCCAAGGACAGGUGGGGAAACACUCCGAUGGACGAAGCCAUUCAUUUUGGCCAUCACGAUGUGGUAACAAUCCUGCAGGACUAUCACAACACCUACAGCCCGAAGGAGAGCAGCGCCGACAGCGAAAAAGAGACUGCAGAGAAAAACCUUGACGGGAUGUUGUAGAGAUGCUCUGUCGUGUGUGUCUGAGGUAUGCAUUUAUACAAAGAAAACGUACAAAAUGCUAAAAAAAAGGACGUGUUUGGCCACUUUUACCCUGUUUUGUGGUGUUUGUGUGUGCGCGUGAUGUGUAUCCUAGUUUUAUCGUACACUCGGAGGAAUGUAGCCUCAUACAAGUCUUAUUUAGCAGUAUCUUCACGUGAACAUACAAUUUAAACUUCAUACACUAUAUAUAAAACGUGUAUAUAUAUAGUUCACUUACAGUCAUAGAAGCAAAAUGAUGUCAAACUGAUAUUUAAGAACGGGCAGCUUGAUGCGUGCGGGAAACGUUGGGUGGGAAGUGUUUGGAUUUAUUUUUAUAUUUAUUACAUUUGUUUUCUUUAUCGUGCAUUUUAGUCGAUAGUUCUGAGGAACGGUAGUAAUUUAUGCCUUUUUAUUUUUGAUUGUAUAGCAUCUUGUGAUUAUGCUACAAAUGAUGACGCUGUUCUUUGAUUGUCAAAAAUUAUUGCACUUUUGAUUUUAUUAUAUUUAUUCAACUUUGCUUACUUCAAAUGAAAUUUGAAAA